AUGGAUGACAAUCCACCUUUGACCCCUCCUAAAGAGGUCAGGGGUAGAGAAAAAUCGUCUAAGGAGGAUCCCAGCAUUGAUAAGGUGCGUAAAUCAGCUGGAAAACCAGCCUCACAAAAAGGCGGGAAAAAGCCUUCAACUGCUCAAGCACCCAAGGACUCGGCGAACGAAGGAAUUUCUGCUGUUUCCCUUAACUCUUGGUUCUGUUAUUGCUGAAGCCUCAAGGGUUCAUUUGAAGGCCUAAAGGAUUCAAUGAACGCGGGUUUCAAUGACGUGAACAAUUUGAUUGCAUCACCUUCAGGCAGCAAUGGUGAGGAAGACUCGACCGAUGAUUGUGAUUCGUGUGUGUCCAAGAACGACGAUGAAUCACUUGUCGAAGAAGAGCCACCCGCUAAGAAAAAGAGGCUGAACGAAAAAGGAAAGAACAGCAAUCUCCUGAUUACUAAGCCAACCAAAACCCUACAGCUCACCGAACAUGUAGGUCCCGCUAUCGAUGGGGAACUUGCAUCACUUGUGGAUAAAAUUAUGAGGGAGAAAGCUGAUGAGGACAAAAUAAUGGAGUUAAAGAAACAACACGAAACUCCCGAAAAUUGCGCCUCCUUAUCGGAGAGAAAGGUCAAUCAAGGUGUCUGGAACAAAUUAGAUGAGUCAGCUCGGUCAACUGACUUAA